AUGGGCUUAACAGGCGUGCUGAACCGACCGGGGGAGCUCUGGCAGCAAUCAACAGCCAAAUGGCAACAGUCUACCAACAAAUUACAGCAGUCCACAACGGAAGCAUGGCGUCGGUCUACCACCGUGUGGCACGACUCGAAGGAUCGAUGCCAUCAGACUACCAUGGUGGCCUGGCAUAAGUCGGCGGACUCGUGGAAUCACUCCAAGACCAUGUGCCGCCAGUCAACUGCAGGCAUGUUGGCACGGUCGGCGAACAGAAUUUAUCAGUCGACAGACCGUCUACAACACAUGAAUCUUCUUGAAAACCAAGCCGAGCAGAAAAAGCCCCCGACCGAGCAGGGUUCGGAGCCAGCUAGCUUACCAACCGAAACCAUCCCUCCUAUCCCAGAGUCACAACAAGCUGUGCAAUUAGCCAAAACAAGAUCCUUAACUGAGACCUCCAAAUCAUCGAAGCCCGAGAUAUCGACAACGUCACCAUCAUCACAACCCUCUCCCGUGUCCUCUAUAUCUUCUCCCUCUACUUCAUCUCCACAAUCGCCAUCUGAGACCGCUACCGAUUUAACAGCGACUUCCUCUCUGUCAGUUGAUCUGUCCAUAAAAAAGCGCCGGCCAGACGAGCAGAUCCGGGGAUUGCUUAAGUUUACGGAUCACGUUUCCUCCCAGGUCAAGGAGGCAAAGAGGCUCAGGGACUCCAAAUCGACUCAACUCGGAGAAAUUGAACACAAUUGGAUCAAUUCGACCAUCGUCGAUGCCGAUGACUCGGCACGGGAAUUGGCCGAUCUUCUGGAGCCAUGUCGGUUGGACAUGGCGAAACGCAAGGGAAAAGGCAAGAUCAGCUCAACAAACCGGAAACAUUGGAAAUUUCAAGGUCGUGGACGCGCCGAAGAAAAGCAAUCUCGGUUGGUUCGAUAUCAGUGCCGACUCGAUCGAGUAUUGAAUCAUCUCGAGAACCUGAAAUUGCCCAUCGAGGCUCCAGCUCAGGAGACCACAUCGGAGACUGCAGCUGAACUCUCGACUAUGGAGCCGGGCGCGAAGUCUGUCGCAGAGCUUUCAAGCGAUGCAUCGCCCGAUCCCGUGGCAGAGCUUCCGAGUGAUGUGUCACAGGAACCCAAAACUCCAGUAGCAGAGCUUCCGUCAUCGUCUGGUACCAUCAUGCGAAAGCCCGUGCCGGUCCUUGCAGAGCUACCCGGUGACUCGACCAUUAUAUGCGUACAACCCCCACAAAUCGCAAUAAAUAUACCGAAAAUUAUCGUCACAAAUACCCCAGAUGAGUCAUCGUUUACUCUGGUUGGAAGUCCGGAUACACCCAACGCAACCUACGAAAGCAGGGAAUUAAACGAGCUUAUGUCUUGGAAGGAGACACGGAACAGCAUUCGUUUGCAGCAGUCUGAGUCACUCUCAAAAAUUGUCUCUAAAAUGGACAGCACCAGGUCAAAGUGA